UGAAUGUAGGUAGCGGUUAUAGUGGAUCAGCUAACGCGAAGAGCAAAGGUGUGUUGUGUUCAGUUUGUGGUGGUGCAGGAGGUCGAGAGGGCUCGUCCACAGGUAAAGGGGAUGGAGCGGUGGCGGGAGAAGACUUUCUGUAUGAGACUGCAGAGACACGUGGGAAUCGCCGGGCUGGCUUAGAACUAGGAGUCUCUCAUCCAGGUACAGGCAGCUGGCUCUUUGGAAGAAGAGGCGUCAGGAAACCCCAGCAUGGUUUCCAGUUUUGUUAAGCUAGUGCCAAGGGAUGACUCUAAUUCCAAAUGCAAGUUUUGGGGACUAGGUUGGCCUUGCUUGUGAGAUGGGAUGCCAGAGCAGCGCAGCGCUGGAGAAAUGCAUGGGAUGGGUCAGAUACUAAAGCGACCUGUGAAGAAUCUCCAUGAAGGUGACCAGCCAUGCAAUGUUCCUGGAAGGCUGUCCUCCUACUUGCUUUGGCCUCCAUUGCUAUCCAGUACACAGCCAUCCGCACCUUCACGACCAAGUCCUUCCACAGCUGCCCUGUACCUCCCAACCCAAUGAACUGUAGCCUGAACCAGGAGAUUGAAUCGGCCGACCGGCUGUGUGAUGAAAACCCCACCCUUGCUUACAACACCUCCAAAAAGACGCAUGUUCUGAUCUUGGCCACCACCAGAAGCGGGUCCUCUUUCGUCGGGCAGCUCUUCAACCAGCACUUUGAUGUCUUCUAUUUGUUUGAGCCCCUUUACCACGUCCAGUACACCUUGAUCCCGAAGCUGACACAGACGAAGGGCUCCACGGACCGGCGGAUCAUGCUGGGUGCUGGCCGAGAUUUGCUGAGAAGCCUCUACGACUGUGACCUUUACUUCCUGGAAAAUUACAUCAAGCCCCAGCCUGUGAACCACACGACAGACAGGCUCUUCCGGAGGGGGGCUAGCAAAGCUCUGUGCUCCCCACCAGUUUGUGAGACGCUGGCGGCAUCCGCCGACAUACCUCUGGAAGAAGGCGACUGUGUGAAGAAGUGUGGCACUUUGAACCUGACCCUGGCCACCGAAUCAUGUAAGGAUCACGGGCAUGUUGCUAUCAAAACAGUGCGGGUGCCAGAGGUCAAUGACCUCCGAGCCUUGGUGGAGGACCCCAGGCUCAAUUUGAAAAUCAUACAAUUGGUGAGGGACCCUAGGGGCAUCCUGGCUUCCAGGAGUGAGACAUUCCGAGACACUUACAGACUUUGGCGGAUCUGGGAUGGCACAGGCAGGAAGCCCUACAACUUGGACGUGACUCAGCUCACCACCGUCUGUGAGGACUUUUUGAACUCUGUUUCCACCGGGCUGAAUCGGCCGCCUUGGCUCAAGGGAAAAUACAUGCUGGUGAGGUACGAAGACCUGGCCAGGAAUCCCUUAAAAAAGACCGAGGAGAUGUAUGAAUUCCUUGGCAUUCCCAUGGACAGCAACGUGGAGCGAUGGAUACAGAACAACACAAGGGGUGAUCGGUCUGCGGCAAAACACAAGUAUGGGACUGUCCGGAACUCAGCGGCGACCGCAGAGAAGUGGAGGUUCCGCCUCUCGUUCGAAAUUGUGGCGUUCACGCAGAACGCGUGCCAGCAGGUGUUGGUACAACUGGGCUACAAACUGGUGUCCUCCGAGGAGGAAUUGAAGAACCUCUCCAUCAGCCUGGUGGAGGAGAGGGACUUCCUGCCCUUCUGGUAAUGCAGACAUUAGGGACUCGUGUUUUAACGCUGAUACGAGUCAUUUCUAACUAUUGCCUUACUUUCCUUCUUCCCCUCCUACUCUCUGAAAUUUGCACUAAUUCUUUGAAUGGACGUCUCCAAAAGAGUUAACAUGAAGAAGGUGCCCCCGCUCUCAGACAAUAGUAUGGAUUGUGAGUAUUGGGUCUCUUAAGAACAAGAGCUAAAAACACAAACUGCGGAUGGGUAGCAAUGUUUACAAAUCACACACACGUAACAAUGUAUAAAAGGGAAAAAAAAGUAACCCUCAGGCUUUCCACACCGAAGGGCACCUGAGGAAUUAUACUUUUGCACUGUUUACUUUUACAAUGUAAGAGAUAACUAUAACUAUAUAUAUAUAAAUAUAUAUAUAUAUGUCUAAUUUAUGAAUAGUGUUGUCAUCUCCCACCUAACUCCUCCUGAUUAUGAGCAGGUUUUACUGUUAGCUGAAUGUGGAAAAGUCUCCUUGUUUUAAAUCUUGUUUUGAUAUGUCUGAGUCAUGUUAUCAGGCUGGUCGCUGAUCCAUGGUUUGUUGAGUAACACCUAUGACAUUUCUUUGUGCCAAAAAGAAAGAAAGAAAGAAAGAAAGUGUUUUGCUGAACGUCAACAACAAUACCUUAAUGCUUUAUCUCUGUGUUUUCUGCAAAUAAAGAAUACAAUAAAAUCAAUUGUACCUGGAGGGGCAAAUUCACCAGGCCAGGCUCAA